UUUCCAGCUCUGCCAACGGAAAUUGAAAAUGGUGAUAAAACAGCGAAUGCGCAGUUCAUUGAAGGUGAAGAGGAAGACUAUGAUGAUGAGGAGAAUGAGGAGUAUCCAGAGGAGCGACUUGUCGAGCGACCAUUUAAAUUUGAGGAUUUUGCCAAAAGAUUGCUAAAUCCGAAAAUCGUACGCGCGUGUACGCUGGUCCUCACCGAUUGGAAUCACAUACCGACCAAAUCGUUGAAGGCAGCUGUGACCAUUUUGCAUCGCAUCGCUGUGGCCUGCUCCUGUCCGGCCAUGUUGUAUCAUGCAAAACUGCUUCGCAUCUUUCAGCAGGUCUUCAACGUCGAACGUGAUGCUCAUCAUGAGGAGUUGCGCCGUCUCGGCAUCUAUGUGGUGCGUAAAUUUGUCGAGGUGGCGCCCAAAAAUCCGAAAAUCUACGCUGAAUUAUUAUUCUGGAAAAACGUGAAGGAGGCGAACGAGUUGGAAGGCGGCUAUUUGGAUGCAUAUGAGCCCGCUAAAGGCGUCUGGACCGAAGAACAGGAGGACCAAUUGCGUAUGCUCUUUGAGGAGAAUCAGCGUAAUCCUGAAACUGAUAAGGAUGUGAUUGAUUGGAUAUUGGAGCAUCUGAAUGAGAAGACACGCACGCGGCGCAUGGUGCUUAAAAAGAUGAAGGAAAUGGGUYUGAUAUUCAAGGCACCCACAAAGCGUACGACUGCCGGUGCAGUCAACAAAAAGCUAUGGUCCACAGAGGAAGAUGAAGAACUGCAAAGUCUCUACGAUGAACAUCGCCUGGAGGACGAUUGCUUGCAACGCAUCAUCAACGAAUUCGUAGAUCGCCGCACAAAGCGGCAGAUAAUACAACGUCUGCUGCAAUUGCAUAUAAUCGCGGAUAAAUCGGAGAUUAUGCCGAAGAAGAAACCGAAGCGCAAGUCGAAGAAGGCAGGUGUCAAUGCGGAAGGCAGUGACAACGAGGGUGAAUUCAUGGAAGAGCCGCAAUUUGGUGAAAUGCAGUCGCCUAGUGRACCUAAAGCCUCGAAGUCGUCUAAGAAGAAGAAGAAGGAUAAAUUGAAGAAAAAUAAGAACAAGUUGGCGGCGACAGCCAAACCCGCCAAACCGGUGAAGCGUAAAAUCGUACGUACGCCACUCGAUGUGGGCACUGUAAAGGCGCUGAUGGCACAAGUUGCCGAUAAGUAUCAGGAGGCCAUUGAUUGGUUGAAAGAAUGCCUAGAUGAUGCAGCCGAAGAUACCGAAGAGCCCGGUGAAGAGGAUGAUGGAGUGCCAUUGGUGCCACUACAAGAGAUCACACGUGAAGCCAUGGAGAAUACUGAUUUCCAAAAGAUAAUCGUAGCUUUGGGCAUACAGCCACCAUUGUUGGGCACAGAAAGCUAUUGGCGCAUACCAGUCUAYCUCAAUUCAGCUGACUUGAARUUCCGUGCGAAAAUCGUAGCUGCCGAAGAGAUCGACAUCGAUAUGGAAGAUGUAGAGGAGGAGGGUGCCGAUACGGAAACGGCAGUGGAGGUCGCUAGCGGAGACGAAUCGGAUGAUGAUGAUGACGACGAUGAUGAUGACGAUGAGUCGGACAGUGAUUCCGACGGCAAUGCUGGCGGUGCUGCAAGGCAGGACAGUGAAAGCGAGGAAGAUUUCUUUGAUAACUUCGCUGAGAAACAUAAGAAACGCAUGGCCGCAAUGGACGACUUCGUCGAGAAGCGUGCGCAAAAAAUGCGCAGCAUUAUGUUUAAUAAAAGCGAUGAGGAGGACAYUGAACGUGCGGGUAUUGGACAAAAGCAGAAGCGUGAACGUAAAACCAAAGCAGGCAAAGGUAAAAAUGUGGACAAAAACUCCGACAACGAUGCGGCUGAGGUUGAUGAAAUCAUAAAGAAACUCGACAAAAAGCGGCGUCAAGCAGCYAUCAGUAGUGAUGAUGAUGAUGAUGACGUCGCAAAGUCAACCGCUGUAGAGCGAUCCGAUGUUGUGAGCGAUUUAUUCGAUCAACUGAARUCUCAAACCGCCAAGAAGAAACGUGAGGCCACCACUUACACCGAGGAAAUGGACGAGCUYAAUUUCAAUUCAGAAGACUAUCGCAAGCGGCUGCUUGAGCUUGGCGACAGCGAUGAAGACGACGACGCAGACACCACAGCAACGACCARCAACAYCAACWAUAAGACUCGCAUGCGGCGCGCUAAUGUAAUUGACUCCGAUAGCGAAGAAGAUGAUAGCGCCAAUGUAAAUGAUGAAAUGAACAGGGGCGACAAUGAARACAACAAAGAAGACACCAACGAUAAUGRUGUUGUGAGCGACAAUGAAGUUGCGGCUGCAGAUGAUGACGGCGCACGCGGUUUGGAUGCUGGMAUUGUUAGCACAGAAGGAAAUCAAGCAAUUGCUGCUGACAUCAUCACAACGGCUGACAGCGCAGMACCUGUUGAUGAGWUUGCAGCACACACAACAACAAAUAAACGCAAACGUGACAUUUUGGACGAUAGCGAUGAGGAAUAUGACACCAUUGCUGGGAAACAGCCCGAUAGCGAGGAAGAGGAUGCAUUCAUCAUGCGCCGGAAGCCAACCAAGGAGGAACAACAGCGUUUAGACAGCGKUGAGGAGCCGGCCAAACGACGUCGUCUCGCUAUCAUCGACGACGACGAUGAUGAUGAGUAGAUGAUUGCAGCUGCAAAUUCCAARGAUCCGUUCAUCGCACAUUACAUAAUUUCUAUUUCUGAAUUAAUUYUAAAUUUAAUGUUUAUUUACACUUUAUCAUCAUAUUCAUGUCCAUUAUUUGCCGAAUUCAUUUGUUAGUAGAAUAGCAUAAGAUAUAUCGUUGUAUGUACUAUCAUACUUGUUUCACGUGAAUUGCGCUUUCAUUUUCAUUAAAUUUAAAUAAAAGUUGAAAAAUAUGAAUAAAGUUAAAUUACAAUGUUA